CAGCUGCCGAAAGCCAGCCUCUGGUAAUGCAUACAACCGGGAGAGGUCGAAGAGCCAAGGCCCUGAGAAUCUCUCGGUUGAAAGGACAGGCAGGACCGGUUCCGAGAGAGGCUUGAACCGCUGCGCUUCGAAACUUGCACCUGAGCUUGCCUCUCCAAACGCGCGCGCCUAGGGCUGGCGAGGAGAAUCGUGCCGCUGCAUCAAGAAAUCUGAAAAUCACUUUUUUAAAAACAAGCAAAAAAAGCCCCUUCCCCUGCUCUCCCUGCCCCCAAUUCCCUAUGGCCAGCGUAAAACCUUCCCGGGGCCAAUCAGAGGGUUGCUUUCUGUUGGGUCCGCUCGCCAACAAUGGGGCUGUGACCCCACCCGCUCCCUCGUUUCCCACAGUCGGGAGGCAAGCGAAGCGCCUCGAUUGGCUCCGCCCUUUCCCUGUUGUGCCUCCCUGCUUCUGUCGCUGUGUGUUGUGUAGGAGUGAAUGCGAGACACAGACAGAUACAGUCGCAGUUUUCUCGCUGCGCUUCUCUCGUCCACCCCUUUAAAAAACAAACCAACUCAUUGAUGUCAGGCGGAGGGAGGCUUGAAAUGAAUCUCGAGUUUCCAGGCGGAAUGGAAAAGGUGAAUGGGGGUGGUGGGAUUCCCCCCCUCUUCAAGCAUUGGCUUCUAGUUCAAAGUUCACCAAGCAUCACUAUCCCUCCUCCCUCCCCAAAAAAGUGCAGUAGAUUUUUUUUUUAAAUGCAAGAUGGCGGACUAGCACUGAAGGAGCAGAAAUGCAGAGAGCUAAAAGCAGCUUGCAAAUAUUGCAAGAGUGCCUAAUAUCUCUGCCCUUCUCAUUGUGCUAGACGGAUGCACCUCCUUCUGCCCCUGCAGAACAGAUGGAUGUAGAGCUGGAGUCUCUCCGGAGACUUAAAAGAAGUUUAUAAUUGCAGAGGAUCCCCAUGGCCUCUGAAGGAACACCUGAACUCAGCGCUAGGUGGCAGACACAGAAGUUAAGAAUUUGCUGCUCAUUCUCUUAUCCUUUGAACUGCAAGCUACUGCCUUGCCUUGUUGCACUAUGAAAAUGCUGCUGAUGGACUAAAUGUCGAGAAGUUGCCAUGCAUUGAUGUAACACCCCAAAAGCCAUUCUAAUAGUACAAGCCUCUGGAAAGCUUGAAAGGAGUGGUGAGAGACACAUCAGUCCAAUUGUAGCCUCUUCACCACAGCAGAAUGGCAAGUAAACGAAAAUCUACUACACCCUGCAUGGUCUUGGCAAGUGAGCCAGACCCAGACUUAGAAGUGGUGUCUGACGCUGAGGAAGGACCACCUGCGAUCACCCCAGCAGGAAGCAUGUCAAGUGACGAGGACUCUCGAGAAUAUGUGGACUCAGACAGUCAGCAAAAUAAAAAAGUUGAAGGUGGCUAUGAAUGCAAAUACUGCACAUUUCAGACUCCAGAUCUCAAUAUGUUUACUUUCCAUGUGGAUUCUGAGCACCCCAAUGUCGUAUUAACUUCCUCUUACAUCUGUCUUGAAUGCAAGUUUGUUACGAAAAGGUAUGAUGCGCUUUCGGAACAUAAUGUAAAAUACCACCCAGGAGAGGAGAAUUUUAAGCUCACCAUGGUGAAGCGCAACAACCAGACAAUCUUUGAGCAAACGGUGAACGAUCUUACUUUUGAUGGGAGUUUUGUCCAAGAGGAGAAAGCUGAGGAACUGGAAACUCCUGAGAGCCACUUGUCAGGCAUCUCGAUUAGCAAAACCCCAAUUAUGAAAAUGAUGAAAAAUAAGAAUGAAACAAAGCGGAUUGUGGUUUUCCAUAAUGCAACAGAGGAUGGUCCUGGGGAAGAAAAGGAUGCUGAAACUGACCCAGAGUGUGAGGAAAUCAUAGAAAAACCAGCAGUUGCAGACUCCAACCCAAGUAAUACGCUGGCUGCGGAAACAAUUAACACUGUUGUGAACCCUACACCAUUGAUCCAGCCUGCACAAGUGAUUACGACCAUAGCAUCUCCGCAGAACUCGAACUUAAUUUCUAAAGUCUUGAUCCCUAUAAAUAGCAUUCCAACCUACAACACUGCUUUGGAUAACAAUCCUCUCUUGCUUAACACGUACAACAAGUUUCCUUACCCAACAGUGUCGGAAAUUACUCUUUUAGCCACGCAAGCUAAAUAUACCGAAGAACAGAUCAAAAUCUGGUUCUCUGCCCAACGUCUGAAACAUGGGGUCAGCUGGACGCCAGAGGAAGUGGAAGAAGCACGAAGGAAGCAAUUCAACGGCACUGUACAUACUGUCCCUCAGACAAUUACGGUUAUUCCGGCACACAUUUCGGCAGCUAGCAAUGGCUUGCCUUCCAUCCUGCAGACAUGCCAAAUAGUUGGCCAGCCGGGCCUAGUACUUACACAAGUUGCAGGCACCAGCACACUUCCAGUGACGGCCCCAAUAGCUUUGACUGUGGCAGGAGUCCCAAAUCAAGCCCAGCUGCAGAAAACACAGGUUCAGGCCACUCAACCUGUUACUGAAACCAAGCAGGUAGCCGCCAUCCCAGCCCCUCAGCUUACCAAAUCGGAGGUGGUGGCGGCGGCUGCAAAUGUUGACACAAUUGGGGUCCGUACAAAGAAGACAAAGGAACAGCUGACAGAAUUAAAGAUCAGCUAUCUUAAAAGCCACUUUCCUCUUGAUUCGGAGAUAAUUAGACUCAUGAAAGCAACGGGCCUGACAAAAGGGGAGAUCAAAAAGUGGUUCAGUGAUACCAGGUACAACCAGAGGAACUCAAAGCACAACAACUAUAAUCAUCUCAACAACGAUUCCUGCACUAUCGUUAUUGACUCAAGUGACGAGACAAAUGAAUCCCCUGCACAGAUCCAGACGCAGCAGAAACAAUCGUGGAACGCCUCUGAUCUUAGCCCUCAGAAAUUCAAAGAAAAGACUGCAGAGCAGCUGCAAGUCCUCCAAGAUAGUUUCCACAACAAUCCUGUCCUUACAGAUGACGAACUGAAUAGGAUAAGGUCGGAAACCAAGCUGACCAGACGAGAGAUUGAUGCUUGGUUUACAGAACAGAAGAAAGCGAAUGCUCCACAUGAGGAAAGUGAGGAAUUGAACGAAAAUAACACAGUAAGCUCGAAGGAAGCGUCUGCAGAGACAUCUGGAGGGGAAGGAGCUGGAACCCAGAAGACGGGGAAGCUGUCUAAAAAGACACCGGAACAACUACAUAUGCUCAAAAUGUCAUUUGUCCGGACUCAGUGGCCAUCUGCAGAAGAAUAUGACAAGUUGGCAGAAGAAACUGGACUUCCUCGACCAGAGAUUGUUAGUUGGUUUGGAGACACUCGUUAUGCCUGGAAAAAUGGUGGCUUGAAAUGGUACUAUUACUAUCAAGGGGCCGAUGCAAAUAGUAUGAAUGGCCAAAGCUAUUCCAGACGGAGGGGGAGAGGAAGGCCAAGAGGAAGAGGAAGAGGAAGGCCUCGUGGGCGACCAAGAGCCAACAAAAGGAUCAGACAGUGGGACAGAACACCAGUCAUCAAAUUUAAAACUGGAAAAGCUAUCCUUAAGGAUUAUUACCUGAAACAUAAAUUCCUUAAUGAGCAGGACCUUGAUGAGCUGGUUGCCAAAUCACACAUGGGGUAUGAACAGGUUAGGGAGUGGUUUGGGGAUAAGCAGAGAAGAGCUGACCUAGGCCUUGAGUUGUUUGAGGAGGAGGAAGAGGAGGAGCUGCUGGAGGAUCAGGAGGAUGAAGAUGAAGAGGAGGGUGAAGAUGAUGAAGAAACAGAUGACAGUGACAAUUGGGAACCUCCUCGGCAUGUUCGGCGUAAACUCUCAAAAUCAGACUGACGUGUAUGCCUUUGGGUUGCGGGACCGGCAUUUUGUUGUGCGGUGCCAAAUGAUUGGUGCUCGCCCUCCCAAGCCCUAGUGACCACUUGCUUGGGAUUGCCUCCACUUUUUGGGCGGGGGGAAAUGAGUUGCUGACUCCUGUAGCAAAUUUGCUCCUUGGUAGCCGAAAUGGACAAGCAAUUCCAGGAUUUGGGAUUUACAAAGCCUCCACACCUUCAGGUUUCCUUCACAUCUCUGCUGAUGAGGGUGCGCCAUAUAAGGGACUGUGUGUUUAAUUGCCUUAUGUUUGAUUCCAAAAAAACCUUUUAAGAGUGCAGAUACAUUUUUAAAAAACAAAAACAAAAAAAAUCUUUUUAUUGCAGUAGGAAAAUAACUGCAAAAUGUUUUGGGGUUUGUUUGUUUGUUUUGAAAAAUGUGCUUAGUGUUUCCUGUUGCAAAACUGCAUGCCAGUUUUCCUCACUCUAAGCAUAAAGGACGGCUUUUCAGAGGAAAACAAGAUGGGUUGGGGUAGAAGAUACCAAAGGGGAGGAAGCAGAGUGGUGAGGAUUGCUUGAGGCUUUUGUGUGUUUUCUUAGGACAGCAGAGGAAAGGAAUAUCUUCGUUACAUAUGGAGCCUGUGUGCUGGGUUUACAGAAGUCAUAAUGAAUGUGUCUCUCUAGCUGUGUUCAGGGAGUUUGGGUUGGAAGUCUGCUUGGGUGUAUAUCAUAUUUAAAUACUAGAUACAAUUAAUGCAGCCAAUACCAAAACCAAUCUUUGAUUGUGCGGUUCUUUUAAAAUUGUUAAUGAUAAUAGGUUGUUUCCAUACAAAAAGAUCCCCCAAAAACUGUAUAGCUAGUUCCUUUAAAGAAAGGAGCAAAGCUAAAAGACCCCACAAAAUGCUUUGUUUAAAACCAGGGCUGUGGAGUCGGAGUCGUGGAGUCAGAGUUGGGAGCAAUUUUGGGAGGAGUCGGAGUCGGACAGUAGAAAAAUAGAGGAGUUGGAGUCGGAGUUGAAGGUUUGGUGUACUGACUCCACAGCCCUGUUUAAAACAGUGAUGGCCAAAUCUAGCCUGGGAGAGUCUGACAGUCUCUGGCCUUGGCAUCAUCUCCUCUCUGUUUCUCUUCCCACCUCCAUCAAGCAGCUUGGCUGGAGAGAAUCUAGCCUCACGAGCUGUACAACAGGGAUGGGGGAACCUGUGACCCUCCAGAUGCUUUUGGACAUCAGUUUCCAUCAGCCGCAGCCAGCAAGGCCAGUGGUCAGGGAUGAUGGGAGUUGGAGUCCAGCAACAUCUGGCAGGAUACAGGUUAGCCACCUCUGCGGUAGAACCUAGCUCCUUUCCUUUCAUGGGAAAGAUGCAAGAAAGCAACCUGCGAGUCACAGCUUCUCAUCUGUUCGUUUCCAGGUUGAUCUCUCAUUUUCUGAUGGAAGGCUGCCUGCCAGCUUUGAAGUGAUGCCUUAGGCUUUCUACCUGUCACAGAAACAGGAAGGGGUUGAAUGGAAUGACAAGGGCUCAAUGGGGACCACAGAGUGCCAAUUAGCCAUUUCUGGAUUAGAACAGCUCGGCACCCUGGACUCUCCAGUAUGGGGCUCCGCAGGGGUCAGUUCUGUCCCCCAUGCUGUUCAACAUCUACAUGAAACCGUUGGGUGCGGUCAUCCGGAGCUUUGGUGUGCAUUGCCAUCAGUAUGCUGAUGACACGCAGCUCUAUUUCUCCUUUUCAUCUUCUUCAGGUGAGGCUGUCAGUGUGCUGAACCGGUGCCUGGCUGCGACAAUAUACUGGAUGAGGGCUAAUAAAUUGAGGCUCAAUCCAGACAAGACUGAGAUGCUGCUAGUGGGUGGUUCUUCUGACCGGAUGGUGGAUGUCCAACCUGUCCUGGAUGGGGUUGCACUUCCCCUGAAGGAGCAGGUUUGUAGCUUGGUGGCCCAACUAUGCCCCUAUCUGGACAGGGAUAACCUGGCUUCAGUUGUCCAUGCUCUGGUAACCUCCAAAUUAGAUUACUGCAAUGCACUCUAUGUGGGGCUGCCUUUGAAGACGGUUUGGAAACUGCAGCUUGUGCAAAAUGCAGCGGCCAGAUUGGUAACAGGGACCAGACGGUCCAAGCAUAUAAAACCAAUUCUGGCCCGCUUGCACUGGCUGCCUGUAUGUUUCCAAGCUCGAUUCAAGGUGCUGGUUUUGACCUAUAAAGCUUUACACGGCUUGGGACCACAAUACCUGAUGGAACGCCUCCCCCAGUACAAACCCACUCGUCCACUACUUUCAAGAUCAAAGGCCCUCCUCCAGGUGCCUACUCCAAGGGAACCUUGGAGGAUGGCAACAAGGGAGAGGGCCUUCUCAGUGGUGGCCCCCAAUUUAUGGAAUGAUCUUACUGAUGAGGUGCGCCUGGCACCAACACUGUUAUCUUUUUGGCGCCAGGUCAAGACUUUCCUCUUCUCCCAGGCAUUUUAGCAUGUGUUUUAUACUGUUUAAAUUUUUAAAUUGUGUUUUAAAUUGUUUUUAUAAGAUGUGUUUUAAAUUGUAUUUGUUUUAAUAUUUUUAGUUACUGUAAACCGCCCAGAGAGCUUCGGCUAUGGGGCGGUAUACAAGUAUAAUAAAAUAAAUAAAUAAAUAAAUAAAUUCACAAAUGUUGUCAGGACAAGACUCCCCAUAUCAAGGAUAGCCAACGUGGAGCCCUCUAGAUGUUUCUGGACUACAACUCCAGUAUGUCCCUGACCAUUGUCAGUGCUGGUGGGGCUGAUGGGGGUUGGUCUUAACAACAUCCGGAGGGCACCAGGUUGGCAACCCUUGCUGUAUAUCAAGGAACCCAUGGGUUUUAAUCUCCCCCCAAGUAUAGGGAUGGGAUCCAUUAGAUGGAUCCGAUAGCCAGUUCUGGUUCGAAAGCAUUCCGUCGACCUAAUACCGAGUCGAGUUCGUUCUUUGUCUGCUAGUUGCUGCUUUUACCAAUUCAUUUCCCCCCCCUUUUUUUUUCUUUUUUUACUUUCCUUUGAAUAUUUUGAAAGGAAAUAUCAAUAUUUUGAAAUAAAUGCCGAUAAAUUAAAGGAAAUAUUGAUUAAAAUAUCAAUAUUAAUAUAAAUAUUUUAGAUGUUGACUUUUUUUAAAGAAUCUUUACAUAAACAUCAUCCAUAACGAUAGUGAAUAAGCGAAUUCAUGGAAAAUUAGGUACCAAAUCCGAACUGGGCUUAAUUCUGGCACAUCUCUUUGUUGUUUUGUUGUUAUAUGCCUUCAAGUCAAUUACGACUUAUGGCAACCCUAUGAAUUAGUGACCUCCAGUAGCAUCUGUUGUAAACCACCCUGUUCAGAUCUUGUAAGUUCAGGUUUGUGACUUCCUUUAUGGAAUCAAUCCAUCUCUUAUUUGGCCUUCCUCUUUUUCUAUUCCCUUCUGUUUUUCCUAGCAUUAUUGCCUUUUCUAGUACCGUAUAUUCCGGCGUAUAAGACGACUUUUUAACCCAGGAAAAUCUUCUCAAAAGUCGGGGGUCGUCUUAUACGCCGGGUGCUGAAAAAGAGCAGGAAAAUUAAGUCAAAAAAUGGGGGACAAUAACGAAGCGGCAAUGGCGGGCGGGGGUAGAGCCGCUUGUGCUGCAGCCACGGGGCCGAUAAGCAAGGUCGCGGCGCAGAAAAUCAAUAAAGGAACGGCUAGGUAAAAAAGGCAAAAAAGCCGCCGCCGCUAAGGAAGCAGGAGGAGGCAGCCGCAGCCGCCGUAUGCAGGGACCGUUGCGGCGCAAAACUGUCAGGCAGUGAGGCUCAAGGCAGUCCAAGAUAAAAGCCGCAAAGGGAGAGAGAGAGCCGCAGCCGCAGACUCUCAAUGAAAUAUUCCCGGGAUGGGGGAGACUCAAACGGCCAGGAACGGGAGGGAAAUAACGAUGGGAGCUGCAGCCGCAAGCUCCCGCUGGGAAUAGAGAGAACCGCAGCCGCGGUCCCUCUGAUGGCCGUUGGAUGAAAGGCUGGGAAAAUCAAUGGCCCGGGCAACAGGGAACCCCCCCAAGGGAACUCCCCAGGAAUGGAAAACACGACGUUAGAUACAAGACAGAGGGAAGGGAACACUUGGUAAACACACAGUCACAAAACCUCCACACUCUGUCAAACAAAUACAGCAACAAAAAACACAGAAUACUUAGCUAAGCUACGCUAUAGGAUCUCAAUCUUGUUCGUAGGAAGGCAAGAAUGAACUGGAGAGUGGGAGGGGCCUGACGCCCCUAGUCUUGACUUCAAAGACAUUCUUGCCUUCGCACGAUAGGCUUUGUAUACAACAACCAGCCAAUCACCGGUAAGGUACAUCGCUUGCAUGUCAUAAGCAGGGGUAGUCUUAUACGGCGAGUAUAUCCCAAACUCUAUAUUUUAACUGGAAAAGUUGGGGGUCGUCUUAUACGCCCAGUCGUCUUAUACGCCGGAAUAUACGGUAAAUCAUGUGUUUUCAUUAAAUGUCCAAAGUAUGAUAACCUCAGUUUCAUCAUUUUAGCUUCUAAUGAUAGUUCUGGUUUAAUUUGUUCUAUGACCCAAUUAUUUGUCUUUUUCGCAGUCCAUGUAUACACAAAACUCUUCUCCAACACCAUAUUUCAAAUGAGUUGAUUUUUCUCAUCCACUUUUUUGACUGUCCAACUUUACAUAGAGAUCGGGAAUACCAUGGUCUGAAUGAUCCUGACUUUCUUGUUUAGUGAUACAUCUUUGCAUUUGAGGACCUUUUCUAGUUCUCUCAUAGCUGCCCUCCCCAGUCCUAGCCUUCUUCUGAUUUUUUGACUAUUGUCUCCAUUUUGGUUAAUGAUUGUGCCAAGGUAUUGGUAAUCCUUGACAAGUUCAAUGUCCUCAUUGUCAACUGUAAAGUUGCAUAAAUCUUCUGUUGUCAUUACUUUAGUGUUUUUGACGUUCAGCUGUAGUCCUGCUUUUGUGCUUUCCUCUUUAACUUUCAUCAGCAUUCUUUUCAAAUCAUUUCUGGUUUCUGCUAGUAGUAUGAUAUCGUCUGCAUAUCUUAAAUUAUUGAUAUUUCUCCCUCCAGUUUUCACACCUCCAUCUUGGUCUAAUCCUGCUUUCCAUAUGAUAUGUUCUGCAUGAAGAUUAAACUAAUAGGGUGAUAAAAUACACCCGUCUCACACCCUUUCCGAUGGGGAACCAAUCGGUUUCUCCAUAUUCUAUCCUUACAGUAGCCUCUUGUCCAGAGUAUAGGUUGUGCAUCAGGACAAUCAGGUGCUGUGGAACACCAAUUUCUUUUAAUUCAUUCCAUAGUUUUUCAGGUCAGUUGGCUGAAUUUGCUCUGGGUCUGUAGCCUUGCAACAGUGGAAUCAAAAGCAUUUUGCCCUGUGCUGUGCUUUUUAAUUGGCAUAAAGCAAAAAGACCACAAUGUAGUAACUGGCAAUAUGUCUCAAUUCUACUGGGCUUUCACAAGCCAUGUACAGAUUGGGAGUCAGUCCUAGCCAAUCCAGGCUCUCAGAGAUAGGAAUGGGUUAACAGGGAGGUCACAGUGUCCUGGCAGAUGUCCACCUCCCAGCUUAGAUUUGAAACAUGUUUGCAAACUGGAGAGAGAGAGAGAGAGGGAGGGAGCAGCAGCAGCUGGAGAUUCAUACAAGAACACUUCAGAUUUAUUAUUGGAGUAUAUUUUGCCAGUGACCCAGUGUUUGAAUUCAUACAAGGUUUAAAAUUGUGGCAUUUCCUGCCUUUCCGGCAUUGGGCGUUGCUAAAUAAUUUGCUCCGUUCACAGUUGCCUCAUUUGUCUUCCUUUGCAGUUGUAGCUCAAGUGAGUUAAUUUGCACAGCUAGUUUGACUAGACUUCAUGGUAACUAAUUCAGACAGGCAGUUACUUCUGCAGCUUUGCAGUGCAGUCAAGCUGCCUUCUUUCUAGUUCAGUUCUUGACCUUAUUCAUUUACUUUAAUCUGGUAGGGAAUUUUUUUUUCUGUGUUCAGUAUUAGUAUCUGGAAACUACCCAAAUGUUUGGAAGGCCAAUUUACAAACUUUUAAUUUGUCAAAAGUAGCCACAUUUUCAAAACAUGCUUGGAAGUCCUUUUCCCUGAUCUAAGGCAGAGGCAGUGCUGAUGUUCUGCAAACCACACUUUGCAACUUAAAAGCCAACCUUGGGGAUAUGUGUUCCUCCUCCCUCCCUCCUUCCCUCGUUGAUGUUAACCACACUUGUGCAUUCCAUUUGCACCAAUCUUGGUUAACACAUUAGCUGGGUUCUCUUACAAUGAUAGCUUGCAAGCUCAUUCCAAAUUAUCAUUUCAAAUUGUGGUUUAUGAGAGUAACAUUGUUUUUUGUCUGUGCAUGUGAACUGUUAAACUGUGGUUAAAAGCAGUAAGGGAGAGGAAAGUUUUCUCCAGAGAGACUGACUCCUGAUUUAUAGGCCAUGGUUUUCAGGGAGCCAGUGUCACAUCUGUACUGGCUUCUGACAUAACAAGCCCUCCCUUCAACACUGGAUAUGCAAGGGCUGGUGGUUGUGGUUUUGAACAUGCUGAAAGACAGGCCCUGCCUGCACUAUACCUUUAAAGCACUAUUAUACCACUUUAAGCAGUCAUGGCUUUCCCAGAAAGAAUCCUGAGAAGGGUAGUUUCUUAAGAGUGCUGAGAGUUGUUAGGAGACCCCCUGUUCUCCUCACAGAGCUACAAUUCCCAGAAUUCCCUGGGAAAAGGAAUUAACUGUUAAGCCACUCUGGGAAUUUUAGCUCUAUAAGGGGAAUAGGGAAUCUCCUAACAACUGUCAACAUCCUUGACAAACUACAGCUCCCAGGAUUCUCUGGGGGAAAACAUGACUGUUAAAAUGGUGUAAUAGUGCUUUAAAUGUAUAGUGCAAUGGGGCCGCACAGGGUACUGACUUAAACCAUUCUUGUGGAGAGGAGUUAGAUAGGCCUGAUUCCUGUGUUUUGUGUUUUUAAUGUGGGAAAGCCACCACAAAACUAUCCCCCCCCCAGUCAUUCAUCUAACAAAUGCUUCCUCACCAGUGGAAACAACUGGUUUGAUCUCAGGCCUUUCACCCAGGGUGGGUAAAUACCUGCUGCCCCUAGGUCAGGACACAUCUGCAAAAAGAGCAUUCAUUGUGAAAAUGACAUGGUGUCAUAUUGUCAUGAGGAUUUUGCAAUCUUCAAAGUGAACAUAGUUAUUGGCACUUAAGACGAAUGGAGUGUAUGGCCUGAAGCAUAUUUGUUUAACCUGUGGCUGCUGGUUAGAAUCCAGAGAGUCUGAGGUGUUGUGUUUUUGUUUGCAUGUUUUCUUUUAAAGAACACCUCCCCUUCAUCUUUGUGGUUUUAAUGGGAAACCUGCAAGCGUGUGGAUAGUUUCUUUCUGUCAAAAGCUCAAAAACUGAAGCCAAGAUCAAAAGAAUCCUAAAUUCAUCUUGGGGAGCAGGGAGAGUUUCUUGUAGUGUAGAUUGAAAUAGACUUCUAUCAAAAGUAGGGCUGCAAAACCUAGUUGGUACAUUAGUCUGUUCAAGCAGGGGUGAAGAAUCUCAGGACUGGGGGACGAAUACAGACCCCUGUAUCUGACUCUCAGGACUUUUCCCCAGGCCACCCCUGUCAGCAAGACCACAUCUCCUCUCCCCAGGCCACACCACUCACUGGCCCUGCUCAGCACUCUCCUUGAGUGCUUUUGCCUGGCUGGAUUGUGUCCUUGAACUGUGAUAAUGCCUCUUGCUUUCCUGGAUAGAGAGGUGGGGGCAUAGGGAAACACUGCCUUUUGUGCAGGUGGAAUAUAGUGUACUGUACAACAGUAAAUGCUACAUCCAUUGCCCCACCCACGCCAGACAUCUGUUUUCCCUGUUGUGUGACUUACACCCUCUAGAAAAUUGGGGAAGGAUGGUAGCUCGGUGGUAGAGCAUCUGCUUUGCAUGCACAAGGUCCCAGAUUCAGCUCCUGGUGGCUCCAGGUGGGGCUGAGGAAUGCCCGUCUGGAAACCUGGAGAGCCACUUCCAGUGGGAGUAGACAGUGAACCAAUUGCUAGAUGAACCAGUGGUCUGACUCUGUAUAAGGCAGCUCCCUAUGUUCCUGUGUAGUCCCUAAAAGGUUCCCUGUGAGGGAAUAUGGUCCUUGGGCUGAAAGAAAAGUUUCCCUACCCCUGUACUAAAGCCCUAGGUGUUUGUUGUUAUGUGCCUUCAGGUCGAUUACAACUUAAGGCGACCCUAUGGAUUUGUGACCUCCAAUAACAUCUGUCAUGAACCGCCCUGUUCAGAUCUUAUAUGUUGUUGUUGUUAUGUGCCUUCAAGUCGAUUACGACUUACGGCAACCCUAUGAAUCGGUGACCUCAGUAAGUAUGACUGAAGGCUAAUUUUAAUCAAUGGAGCUGAGAGUGAAGGGUACACUUGUUUAUUUUUGAGACUGUUUUGGUUCUGGCACACCACAGGAAACAAAUACUCUCUUUUAACGAUGACAUUUCCUUUUAACUGAGUGGUAGCUUUUUGCUAAAUGCCAAGCUAUUUCCCACUAAAGUACCUCAAGAAAGGGUUUUAACAAUAUGCAAAUGUGUUUUAUAUGUAAUCAAUCGGUUUAAAAGCAGAUUGACUCAGAAUCCCUUAAUUGGUUAACAGCCAUGCAACAGACCAUCUUUUAAGACGUUUUACAUGCUUUUAAAAGCUAGUGUACAAUGUAUCCCCCCCCCCACUUAAGACCAAGUGGAACAGAAUGGCACGUCAAUUACAAAUGCCAAGUGGAGAAGUAUGCACCUCUUUCAUCAAUCAAGAGGACUAGGAGGCCAAUGGAGAUCUUGCACACAACUCUCCAUUCUGCUUUUCAAGAGGGAUACCCCAUAUUUGAGGUUUAUGGCCUGAGGCUGCUCAUUAGGAUAUGAGAUCUCUUUGGUUUUUUGUUGUUGCUGCUGUUCAACAAAAAUGUGCUGUGGGGUCCAAAUUACUUUCCAGUGGAGAAAGAAUUUUAGCACUGAUUAAACCAUGCAUUAUAGUGAUGCUAUUUCUGUUUGCAUUUCCCUUUUUACAUUUUUUUACAAAGCUUUUUUGGCCUGACCAUACUGUGCGAUGUUGUUUCAACUUGUCUAUGUUUACAGCUCAGGUUUCCUAAAUCUGCUAAAAAUAAAGGGGAAAAGCACAUGGUUGCAAGGUGAUGACCAGCACUGUGACAAGAUGGAACGCAGGACUGCCUGUUACAUUAUGCUUUUUUGAAGUCGCUUUCUUCCCAACUUCUGGAAAAAUACAGUUUGGUCAUUUGCUCAUUUUCCUAGGAAAGAUUUGGGACAUAAUACAGGGUGAAAGGAUUGCACUGAAUCCCGUUAAGUCUCCUGAUUUCCUUCAGUGAAGCGCUUGCAUCUUUUUCAGUAUGUACACUAACCAUCUUCCUGUCCUAAUUAUUAACAGCUGCAUUACUACAUUGUGAUUUAUUUGAAACAUGAGAAUGGUGCUUUGGUAAUUGCGAGUAAAGGUUUGAGCUCAGCAUAUAGCAAGGUACUCAAACUGUUUUCCUAGUGCAUCGUAAUAGCAGGUGAUCAAUGCUGUUUGAAGAGAAGGUGUUUGUGUUUUUUGGUGGUUGUUUUUUUGCUUGACUGGUGCACAGCAGCUUACAGUUUUCUUCUUUUCCAGCUGCCCUAAGUGGUGAAGGGGAAAGCAAGUUCUAGGGAAGGCUUGCAGUGGGUUGGAGGUGGCGAUGCAUACAAGUCCAAGAGCUCUGGUUUACUGUGAAUGAUGGUGGGCAGUGGGGCACGAUGUUUGAUCUUUUGUGAAACCAAGGAAAGAAUUGGACACACAUAACCCCUGGAUUGUAAUAUGCUACAAGGACUGGACCAUUCACGUUGUGCCAAAGUUGAAAACCACAGCAGCCAGCAGAAGUUCUGUGCUGUAAAUAUGACUGGUUAAAUGACAACUUGUAAAAAGGAAAAACAGACAAACAACUGAUUUAAUAGAGACCAUGUCUAUUCUGCUAUAUCGAGGGGAAGUUUAAUGUUUUUUAAAAGAAAUUUAUUCGAAAGGAGAAUUGGCGACUCAUUUUUUGUCUGGCUUGUACCAAUAAUUGUAUGUUCCUGGUAUAUAAAGAUAGGCUUCAUUGCCUGUGUUCUUUGAAAAUGUGAUUUAAGCUUAUAGCUUUGAGUGACCAAACAUUUUACAGAGUAAAAGUUCUU